UCAGUUGAAUUCAAUUUAAUUUACCCGCCACUUGUGCAAAUAAUUAAUAAAAAAAAAAAAAAAAGGGACAUAAAUAUUUUAAAAUGUUGACUAAAAGAAUUGUGUUACUUUUAAGUGUGUUUAUUGCAAUUGUCAAUUCAUCAAUAAUACAAGAAAAAAAUGGGGAUAAUUUGAUUGAAAAUUAUAAUGAUAUUAAAGAAUCAAAAAAAUCAAAUAAUUUAAUUGUUGGAUCAAGAGUAAGUGGUGAUCGUUUGACUCUUCAAGAAUAUGUUUAUAAAUCUUCAUCAACAUUGCAAAUAGUGACACUUGAAAAAAAUUUUACACUGGCUGGUAAUGAAAGGAUAACUCAAAUUAUGGCUCUUGAUCAAAAAACAAAUGGCAAUGGAGCAUUUGCAUCACUUUUACAAGGAGGCCCUGGUACAAACAGUGCUAUUCUUCGAUUUAAAAGUCAAAGAGGACAUAGUAUUAAAUUUGAAAUUCAAAUUUAUUCAAAACAAUUUUAAAUAAAUAAUUAUACAAGUUUUAAAUGUCACCAAUUAAAUUGUUACUAAUUCAAAUACUUACCUUGAUAAUUAUUUGAUUGCAA